AUGAUCAAGGUAUACUUUUUCAAGAAGGAUUCUUAUCCAUACUUUAUCUAUCUAUCUAUCUAUCUAUCUAUCUAUCUAUCUAUCUAUCUAUAUGUAUAUUACUUAUUUCUCGUCUUCAUUGGCUCUUUUAUUUCUUCUGUCUUUUCUUUCAUUUUCUGGCUAGUCUUUUAUUUCUGCCACCAUUCUGAACGUUCAUAUUGUUCUAAUAUUAUUUUCUUUCGUUUGAGCAUUUCUUCUUUUUUCCUUCUUCCUUUCUUUCUUUUUUUUUCUUUCUUUUUCUUUCUUUCACCUGUUUUCUCUUCUUUGUUUGUCUCUUUCUUUCUUAGUCCUGCUAUCCUUUUAAAUAUAUCUUUUUUUUUUAUCUUUUAUUUGGCAGGAAGCAUAACUAUUUUCUUAUUUUUUUCUUCCGCUCAUUGCCUUCUUUUCUCUAUCUGUAAUUAUUAUUUUAUUUCUCGAUUCUCAUGA